AUGGAGGAACUUAAGAGUUCACAUAAUGAGUUACAGACUUGUAUGCAUGAAAUUGAAGAAGCAGUGUGCUUCGUUUCCGGAAUGCACAGAUACGAGAAUUACCCAUUAUAUAAAGAACGCUGGAAUUUUCUCUACUAUGGAAUAGGGAACAUAUUACUUAAUAAUGAAGAGACGAAGGGGAAAUUUAAGGAACUCCUAUGUGAAAUUUGGCAAAAAAUAAAAUCCUCAUAUGAGAGCAACGGGUGCAAUAUUACUUGUAAACCAAUAGACAAAAACAUUUUCCUCCAUAAGAAAACCAUAUUCGAUUUCUCUCAUAACUAUAACACUAUAAAAGGUUACUUAGGGGAAUAUUGGCAUGAUUGUGAAAAGGGGUGGACCCCUCACAAGGAGGAAAUUACUGAAGCAUGCAAAGCUGUGCAACAACACUGUGAGCCGGAUAGGGCACGUAAAAAUACGGCUGAUCCAUAUUGUACUGGUCCCUAUAUGGAUUAUACACACUACUGUAAGAUGCAUCUACAAACAUUAAAGUGUAGGUCACAAACUGAAAUAGAAGAAAUAAAACGUCAGGCAUGUUUCCAUGUAGAAGAUCCUUUACAGAAGGAACUCGAGCAAAAGUCAAAUCUUCUGCGCGAAGCAGAAGCAAACAUACGUUCCGCCACCACCACAUCUUCCAUCUCCUCUAUAAUCGGAACACUAGGAUUAACGGUAGCUCCUUACGUACUAUAUAAGUAUAAACCAUGGUCUUCUUGGUUUGGUAACCAUUCCUCUAGAGGAGGAAGAGGAACAAGGAAGAAAAUAUCCACCGUACGCAACAUUGAUGCGUUAACGGAAGACAGCUCAACAAUAGGUGCUUCCACAACAGAGGACGAUUCCAUAUUGGGCUGGGCACCAGAAAGUUCUACAGUGAGCUCUUCUGCAUACACAAGACAGUCUACCAGGGGAGAAGGAAGGACGUCCGCUAGAAGAACAAAUAAUAGUACGCAGGGUCGCCCAAAUAUAGGUUACCAAAACAUAUUGAAUAAGCACAUAAGGAAAGAAUACUCCCAAAGUGGAUGCGGAAAAAGGUCGUGA